UGUCACGGAUCACAUGACGCAGAAUAUGGCCUCCUGACUUGACAGUCGACAGCUGUGUCUUCUAGCUCUGUAUCCACCGAAAAACUCCCGUUAAUUAAACACCGAAUCUAGCACUCCAGACCCUCCCGAGCUACGGCCACACCGAAUAACGGACCAUGGCGGUGUCUGUGCCUACGUGCGGCUCGGCCAUUGCUGAAUUCCCUCUCUCCUCCAUCCCGAGACCAAGCAUAUGUGACGCUGGCCACAAAUGACAACUAUGCCAAAGGAGCGAUGGUUCUGGGGAGGUCGCUACGCAACCAUAACACAACCAAACAACUGGUGGUUCUGAUUGGACCUCACGUAGCAGAGCCCUGCAGGGCCAUGCUGAGUAGCAUCUAUGACGAGGUGUGUGUGGUGGAUAUCUUGGACUCUGGGGACACGGCCCACCUGGCCCUGAUGAAGAGACCAGACCUCGGAGUGACCUUCACCAAGCUGCACUGCUGGACACUCACACACUACACCAAGUGUGUGUUUAUGGACGCAGACACACUGGUGUUGUCCAACAUUGAUGAGCUGUUUGAGAGGGAGGAGUUAUCUGCUGCGCCUGAUCCUGGUUGGCCAGACUGUUUCAACUCGGGCGUGUUCGUCUUUAAACCGUCCAAUGAAACAUACCGCAGCCUUAUGACACACUGCACUGAGAACGGCAGCUUUGACGGUGGGGACCAAGGAGUUCUGAACAGUUUCUUCAAUACCUGGUCAACAGCAGACAUUUCCAAACACCUGCCUUUUAUCUACAACCUCAGCAGCAUCGCUAUAUACACCUAUCUACCAGCCUUCAAACAGUACGGUCAUGAGGCUAAGGUGGUCCACUUCCUGGGGAAGGUGAAGCCAUGGAGCUACUCCUAUGACACCCGGACUGGGAAGGUCAAAGGUCACACCCUGACCCCUGGCUCGGGUGACCUGCACCCUGACUUCCUGGUUCAGUGGUGGAACCUCUACUCCUCUGGGGUCCUACCUGCUCUCAGAGACUCAUAUGGAGACGCACUGUUCUGCUCCGGCUGCACUGAGGAGGAGGUCUGUGACAGUGUGGUUGAGAUCAUCCUCCCCCCGCCUCCCCCUAAGGCGCCCCAGGUGUCCAGUGAGGAGAGGAGGCAGCGAUGGGAGGCUGGCCUGGCGGACUACAUGGGAGCCGACUCCUUCGAAAGCAUCCAGAGGAAACUAGACUGCUUCCUCAAGUAGAGAGCCAGAGGAGGGAUGACGGAUGGAAAGGGCAUCUAUUGGCAGGCCUGAGAUGUGUCAGUCAGGGCGGGGAUAAACAGGCAUU